AUGCAGUCGUUUGCCUUACUAAUCGUGAUCUUUGUGUGUUCUUGGUGUACUGCAGGAGUCACUACCGUUCUCGGCAUCAAAUAUCUUCCGAAAGGGCCUUCGCUGAUUUUUCAGACCUACACGGUCGUGAUCGUCCUUCCGUCAUACUGUCAGUGCUACUUCGUAAGCUAUAUUCGUUCACCUCGUCAUCGAUCAGCAUAUCAAAAGCAGCUUCGAACUCUAUUCCCAUGUCUGUUCAAUCCUGAGCGGGAAGAUCCCACAUACACAAGCACAGUUUCUGCCAAAAAUAGCACACGAUAG